AUGCUUCGGACAACGAGCGCUGUCGUCCGCAGCGGACUGUGGCGGCGGUGGGGCCAUGCGACGCGCAAGGGCGGGUUUGUCGACUCUGCGCGGGUGGUGGCCAAGGCAGGAGCCGGUGGCACCGGCUGUGUCUCGUUCCUCCGUGAGCGGGCGAGGCCGUUUGGUGGGCCGAACGGAGGCGACGGUGGCGAAGGAGGGUCAGUGGUGGUGGUGGGCGAUGGAAGUGUUGGUGAUCUGCAGACAGUCCGUGCUCAAGGAUCGGCCAAGCACGGCGGCAAAGGCAAGGACGCGGUGAUCAAGCUCCCGCUGGGUACGGUGGUCCGGGCAACAGUGACCGGGUGGAGCAAGAAGGUUGUGCCCGAGUCGGUGGUCGAGGCCGGAGCAGGGAUGCUGGUGGUGGACGAUGGUGCCGCGCACGGAGUCGGCGACGAGCCGACGGUCCGUGACAUCGAGUUUGAAAUCGAGGAGGAGGGCCAGGAGGUGGUAGUCGCCCGCGGGGCACCCGGUGGGCUGGGCAACAUUCACUUUGCAUCGUCGACCAACCGCAUUCCGCGGCGUCGGACCAUGGGCCUCAACGGCGAGGUGGCCGAGAUGGAGCUCGAGCUCAAGGUCAUGGCCGACGUCGGACUCGUCGGCUUUCCCAACGCCGGUAAGUCGUCGCUGCUCGAGGCCAUGUCGCGGGCCUCGCCGCGAGUCGGCUCGUACCCGUUCACCACGCUCCAUCCGUCGAUCGGAACGGUGGCGUUCUGCGACGCCGGCGCGACCGGAGCCGAGACGUUCCGGGUGGCGGAUCUGCCGGGCCUUGUUGCUGGCGCGGCAGCCAACAUCGGGCUCGGCCACCAGUUCCUCAAACAUGUGGAGCGGAAUGCGGUCAUUGCGUAUGUUGUCGACCUCGCGCCGCCGCUCUCGGCCCAUGCGCUCUCGAUGUACGGCUCGGAUGAUGCUGUGGCGGCGGCCAUCGCUGACAACGUGGUCGCCGGCGCCGAUGAUCCGGCCACCGAUGCGACAAGUGGCGAGCUCCUCCUCGCAGCGUCGCCGUGGCAGCAGCUAGCCACGCUCACCGCCGAGCUUGCGGCGUACGACCGCGAGCUGGUGAGCAAGCCUGCUCUCGUCCUCGCCAACAAGAUCGACCACAAGCCGCUAGCGGAAGUCCUCGUCGAAGUUGUCCGGAGCCGGACAGCCAUGCCUGUCCUUCCGGUCUCUGCCAAGGAGGGAACUCAUCUCAAGGGCAUUAUGGCUGUCCUCUCGCGCAUUGUCCGUGACAGUGGUGGCGGCAACAGCGGCGGUGGACGCGAUUAA